UUGGAAAAAGUAUUUAUUUAUUGAUGGCAGCGAUGGCAGCGCAAAGCCGAUGGUAGAUCCGAAGCCAGUGUGUGUGUGUUAUGCGGACGUGUCGAUAGCGGGGAAAAAGGUGAAAGUCUGGAGUCGAUGACCAACCGACAAUCUGGUCCGCAGUUCUGCUUGAAUGAUCUUAUUGGGAGUGGACUUCAGUUGUCCGGUCGUUCAAAUCCUGUUGCUUCUUUUGGUGGUCAGUGGUCUGACCGCUAUCUCGCUUAUAAAGUUGUACGCGUUCCUCACCUGCGGCUACUUCAGGGAUAGAGUGAAAAUGAACGGGAAGACUGUUAUUGUUACCGGUCCAACGGGCGGAAUUGGUAAAGAAACUGCUAGAGAAAUUGCCAAGAGGGGUGCCAGAGUUAUUCUAGCAUGCAGGAACGUGGACAGUGGAAAUAAAACCAAAGAGGAAAUCAUCGCAGCAACCAACAAUGAAAACAUAAUAGUUAAAAAACUGGACGUGUCAUCUUUAAAGUCGGUACGAGAAUUCGCAGCAGAUGUAAACCGGACAGAACAAAGACUAGAUGUUCUGAUACACAACGCAGGAACAGCAGAAAACAAAAUCAAACUGACUGAAGAUGGAUUGGAAACAACAAUGGCUACAAAUCACUUUGGUCCCUUCCUCCUUACGCAUUUAUUAAUCGAUUUAUUGAAGAGAUCAGGACCGAGCAGAAUUGUGGUUGUAGCGUCAGAAUUGUACAAGCUGACGUCAUUGGACGUGAACAACAUCAACCAAGAAAGAUCGUGGUUCCCACCAUGGAUCUACUACGUCUCGAAGUACGCCAACAUUUCCUUCACUUUGGAACUGGCGAGACGUCUGGAAGGCACGAAUGUAACGGCGAAUUGUCUUCAUCCUGGUAUGAUCGAUUCCGGAAUUUGGAGAAACGUGCCAGUACCAUUGAACUGGCCAAUGAAACUGAUCUGCAAAUGCUUCUUCAAGACGCCGGCUCAAGGUUGCCAGACCAGCGUGUAUUUGGCUUGUUCCGAAGAAGUGGAAGGCGUGAACGGCAAGUAUUUCAUGGAUUGCAAGGAAAAAGGAUUGAGCGCCGGCGCGAAAGACAUGAGCAAAGCUAAGAAACUCUGGGAGUUGUCUGAAAACUUUGUUCAUUUACAACCGACAGAACCUAAAUUGUAGAUUGAUGUAAUUUAAUUUUAUUUUUCCUAUUAGUAAAAUGUAAUUCACUUUA